AUGUCUGAGAGUCUGGGAAAGGACAGGAAGGACCAGAAGAGAGAAGAGCACAAGAAAAUCAAGGCUUUGCGCCGCUUUGGACUCUGCUUGAACCGGUUCCUUGCCAGUGUCCCGCCUGACGCUGCCCAGGUGCUGACUGCCACUCGCAGACAGUUCAGACAGAACCAGACUGGGCCGAGGUCUGGACUGAAGUCUGGAGAAGAGAAGUGUGUAGAGGAAAAGUCUUGCUUGGAGCUCGUCGAUCCGGGACAAAGUGGACACGAGCUGUGGCGACAGGAGCAGAGCGUAGACGAAACACCCAAACAACGCCCCAGGUCUUCACCGCGACUGUCAGCCCCCGGCGGCUGCCUCAGGGCCGCAGCCAUGGGAGAAUGGACCAUCUUAGAGCGCCUCCUAGAGGCCGCUGUGCAGCAGCACUCUACUAUGAUCGGAAGGAUCCUACUGACGGUAGUAGUGAUCUUUCGAAUCCUGAUUGUCGCCAUCGUCGGAGAGACCGUCUACGAGGACGAGCAAACCAUGUUCAUCUGCAACACCCUCCAGCCCGGCUGCAACCAGGCCUGCUACGACAAGGCCUUCCCCAUCUCCCACAUCCGGUACUGGGUCUUUCAGAUCAUCCUGGUGUGCACUCCGAGCUUAUGCUUCAUUACCUAUUCGGUUCACCAGUCAGCCAAGCAGAAAGAUCGCCGCUACUCUUUCCUCUACCCCAUUAUGGAGCGAGACUACGGGCGGGACGGCCCAAGGAAGCUGCGCAACAUUAAUGGGAUUUUAGUUCAACAUGGAGGCGACGGCGGGGGCGGGAAAGAGGAACCCGACUGUUUGGAAGUCAAAGAAAUCCCCAACGCACCCCGAGGCCUCACCCACGGGAAGAGCUCCAAGGUCAGACGACAAGAAGGCAUCUCUCGCUUUUACAUCAUCCAAGUGGUGUUCAGGAACGCGCUGGAGAUCGGGUUUCUCGCCGGACAGUACUUCCUGUACGGCUUCAGCGUCCCAGGGAUCUUUGAGUGCGACCGUUACCCAUGUCUCAAAGAAGUGGAGUGCUACGUGUCAAGGCCCACAGAGAAAACGGUCUUCCUGGUGUUUAUGUUUGCGGUCAGCGGCAUCUGCGUGGUCCUCAACUUGGCCGAGCUCAACCAUUUGGGCUGGAGGAAGAUCAAGGCGGCCAUUCGCGGCGUGCAGGCGAGACGAAAGUCCAUCUGUGAAAUCAGGAAGAAAGACAUGUCGCAUCUUUCUCAACCUCCCAAUCUGGGACGCACACAGUCCAGCGAGUCGGCCUACGUCUGA